AUGAGCCAUGGAGACAUCGAGACAGCUGUCGGCCAAAGAGACGAUUCUCCAGAUGUCUCGGGUGAAGCCUCCCCGCCAGCUAGAACCUCCACCGAUCGGAAGUUGGCAUUGAUGAACCCCUUCAGCAAGUUCACCUGCUGCCUCAUCAGCGCAGGGUUGCUGCUGCCGUUCAGCGUGUCUAUUCCUGGCUUUGCGUCGUUUCGGAAGGAGAUCAUUGGGGCCUCCUGCCUGAUGAUCUUCCUGGGAACACUUGUUCGAAUGCGGCUGCAGCGUUGCCGCUGCGAGGUCAUGAAGGCCGAGGUCGUGCCGAAACGGGACAUCCGACGACGUCUCUGGGCCACCAUCAUGUACGACUCUCUGUCCGCGGCCGAGCACGACUUCCAUUGUAUGCAAAUUCAGUCACAAGAUCCUCACAAAGCUCCCACAAAGCGGAUCUUGGAGAAAGCGUCCGUGCUCGAUCCAGCGCCGGCGAAGGGUAUGAAUGAGCAAAGCACUUGCCUCUGCUGCCUUGAAGAUUUCGAGGAUUCCUCGGUAGUGGCUUUGCUGCCGUGCGGACACAUCUUCCAUGAGGACUGCAUCAUGGCUUGGACCAUCGCGAAACGCCGAGCAUCAAAGGGCUGUCCGGUGUGCAGGCAGAGCUUUUUGGUAUUGUGA